AUACAUGAGUAUAAUUGUCCUUAUUUAUGUUUCUUCCAGUCUUCCUUCGGCCCCCCUUUUGGUUCCUCUUUCGGUACUCCUUAUGGUAUACCGUUCCCUUCGUUCGUAUGCCAUUUCGUAUACCAUUCGUAUACCAUCCUGUAUACCAUUCCUCGUGAUCCUCAAUGUUCAUUCUUGUCACGUGAUCUGGAGUUCGCCCUAUUGCUGCCUUGCGGGGUAAUUGUUUCAUCCUGCAUUGCUGUGUUGGACAGCGUUAUCUCCUGUUGGCUCAUAACAUGGUCACUCGUAUCCUCGUACCAAGUAGCUCACAUAGGAUGCCUUCCAUCAAUGAUUCGUAAUCGUGUUGCCACAGCUAUUUCUUAUUUUUAUUGA